CACAGCACGGGGGCUGUCGAGAAGCGCGAAGUGCGGGUGGGUGGCAGCAGGGACGGUGGUAGGCGCGGGGCUGGGAAAGAGCUGCUCUCCAAGGCACGCGCCGAGGAAGCGGGCGAGACCACAGGCAGCGUGUCACUUGACUCCUCGGCCUCCGUCGACUCUCCGCCCAUCAACCCCACCUUCCCCAUGUAUCGGACGAGAGGCGAUGUGCUGUAUUGGGUGCAGUACUACUACAGACACCCCGAGGCUGACCUGCUCAAGCUGGCCGUGGAGUCCCUGCUCAAGGAGCGCAUGAAGCCCGAGGAUGGCUGGCUGAUGGCCGGCCUCGUGGCGGGCAUAAUGAAGAAUCGACCUGAGUCGCUUUCUCACUUUGCCGUUCACGACAUCUACAACGUCCUCCAGGACUUUCGGCAGGCGCUUCUUGUUGGUCUCUGGCUCGGAGGAUCUCACGCUAAGAGAGACAAAUUACAACAUUUCUACACAGGUAAGGAACACCUGCAGAAGCUGGUCGAUGAGGUGACCGACGAAGCCACCAAGCAGACAAUCAACAACCUGCUUACGACGCCUCCUCCCGACCCUCUGCUCGCGGAGAUGGACAUCGUCAACGCCAACAUGAACCUCCACGUGCUGCUGGGAGUGUUCUACGCGACGGGAGACACGGCGGUGGUGGACAAGAUGAUCGACCUCUGCCGCGACUGGUCCGUCGAGGUGCUGACCAAGGGCGGCCGGGAGGGCGCCGCCCGGUUCUACGUGGCCAAGACCGUCAGGGAGAAGCUGGCGCUGCUGUGCCAGGAGCACGAGGUGGCGCGGGAGGCGUGCAGGCGGGCACUGGCGACCCCGCAGGGCGCUGCGCUCGGGGAGGGCCUCAUCCCGGCGCUCACCAACGAGCAGCGGACGAUGCUGCGCAACAUUCUCGAGGUGGUCGAUCGGCUCGAGGCCGAGGACAAGACUCAGCACAACGCGCGCAAGCAGCGCCUCGACGCCUCCAUCGAGCGCGCCUUCCGCAAGGAGGGCUCCGAGACCAAGUAA